AUGGAUGAGGGCCUUUGCCUGCGGCUGGAAGCCCAUAAGAAGCUAUUGAAGACCAACGGCCGCGCUGUGACCCCCGACGAGUUCUCACAGCGUUUCGGACUCCGUACCUCCCCAGCGGCGGCCAUCGAGCGUGCGCAUUACUUCAUGGAGUGGACGCCGGAGGGGCCACGGGGUCAGUUUGCUCCUGAGCACUUCACGGUAUCAGAAGUGCAGAUCUCGGCCUUGGGAUAUAUGAAGAAGAUGGAAGCUGGAAUUCUGGCAAAUCAUAAGCCCGGAGAGUACAGAUGGUAUGGAGCGAUGCAGCGGGAGGAACAAGACGAGCAAGGCAGCAUCUUCCGGCUGCGAGUGGAUCAAGGCGCCAAUUUGGAGGUGCAGGUAAGGCUGGGAGAUCUGCUGGAAGGUUCCUAUGAUGCCAUCCUCAACUCAGCGAACGAGACGCUGGAAGGGCCGCUCUUUCCUUAUUUUCCAAUUGGUGCAGAGUGUGAGAGCGGUGAUGUAUACUACCAGGAAGAUGUCGUGGAUGGUCGGAUCCACUGUGCUGGUGGACCUACCUUGAGUCGAUUGUGUCGGAAGCUGCCGGAGCUGCCUCCAAGCGAUGAUCCUGAAGCUCCUUUUCCCAGUGCGUAUACGCAACGCUGUGAGAUCGGAGGCGCUCGCCUCACCGAGGUUCCAGGGGAGAGCGAGUUGGCAGCUCACUGCCGAUACGUGGUGCAUGCAGUGGCGCCCAUCUGGGCCGGUGAUCUGGACCCUUACGAGCAAGAACGACGCUUGAGGCUGCUGACCAAGGCCUAUGUCUCUGCUUUCCAAGUCUCAGCAGCUGCGGCCUGUCCAGUGCAGAGCCUUUGUAGCUCUUUGCUGGGUGCCGGGGCCAAGCAAUUCCCAGUGGAUCUUGCAGCUCGUUGUGCCGUGGAAGCCGUCCUCUCUGGAUCUCUGGGGCCACUCGAGCGCUUGGUCUUCAUCGACAAGCGCCCUCAAUGUGUGGAGCACUUAGCGAAGGAGUUCAGCAAAGUUCUGGAGACUUAG